UAUAAAAGCGCGGGCUGGGAUCUGGAGCACGGCGAGGACAAGCUAACAGCUAGCAGCUAAUCGCAGCCAAAGCUAACGGCUAACUCACUUUAGAGAAGUCAUGACUCAGCCAGCCGCGUGCACACACUGACACGCGCACGGAGGGCUCGGCGGCGCCUCGUUUACACGCGCACAACGGGUUUCUGCGCGUGUUUAGGUAGUUGUUGAUCUUUAGGGGUGUUGUGUGUGUGGUGUGUGUGUGCGUGUGUGCGUGUGUCGUGCGCGCGCGCGCGUGUGCGUGUGUGCUACUUCCUGCAAGUUAGCCGGACGUGGCUAGCUGGAGAAGCUAACUGUUUACCAGUUGUGUGUCUGAGGUGCGUUCGAGUUAUUCAUGAGGGCGCUCCGUGAUUGGCGGAGUCAGCGGCAGAGGCGGGGCUAGAGAGGGUCUGUGGGUGUGGGGGGGUCAGACACACACACCAACAGGUCUAUUUAUGUCCCAGACACCCUGAGAGAGGAGACCUGCACUGUUCUGCACACAGAGUUUGAAGAUGAUCAGGAUGUCGUUGGACAAAGAGGCAGUUAGCCCCGCCUUCCCGGCCUCCGUCAGCCUAUCGGAGCAGACCAAGGCCCGCCCCCUGCGUCAGAAGAACGGCCUUCCGUUGCCCGGCAACAGCCAGGCGGCUCCGGCCACUCAGCGAAUCGCGAAGCGGCGAUACUCCACGGGCGCCGGCUUGACGGGGGCGGCCAAGCGCCGUCGCCGUGCCAACAGCGACAGCCAAUCGGAGCCCGUGCUGCCGAGUCACUUCCUAUUGGGCGGGAACAUCUUCGACCCGCUGAACCUCAACUCCCUAUUGGACGAAGACGUCAACAGGUGAGACGGACCCCCA